AAUUUUUGAUAACGAAAAAAAAAAAAAACAUCAAAAAUUUUGAAAAAGUGAAAUACUCAAUAAAAAUUCGAAUUGAACAAUUUUAUACGUUGAAAAUGCAAAAUUUUGGAAGAAUUCUCCAUCGUAUAUUGAAGUACGAAACACCAAAUUAUGUCACGAACCGACAAUUAGCAGUUUUUUCAAAGUCUUCUGCAACUUUGCACUCGUAUUUUCGAGAUGACACGCUCACCGGUAACGCUGAGAAUAAUUAUGGAAUAGAUUUCUUGAAGAAUUUCAUGAUGUUUCCAUCGCAGAUUCGUUGGAAAAGUUUAAAUCAAAUUCGUAGACCAGGGUCAAAAUCAUCGGAGUACGAAAGCGGUUCUGAUUCAGAUUCGGACGAUGAUAUUCCGCAAGAAACACAUGGAUCUAAAGUAGUUCAAAUCCAAACCGAUUCUCUGCGCUGUGACUUGAUUUUGAAAAAUGGGCUUACAAUUUCUAGAAAUAAAUUAGAAACGUAUUUUUACGAAGGGCGUAUUAGAAUCAACGGAUUGAAGAUAAUGAAAAAAAGCGUCAAUGUUGAAUUACGAGACGAAGUAGACGUAAUCAAGAAGUUCGACGAAGAAAAUCCCGAGCUGCUUCAUGUCGGAAGGGUUGAAAUUCUCAAAGCGAAACCAUCCGGUGACUUUAUUCUCAUAACUGUUCGAAGAUUUAAGAAUUUACUCGUACCGAAUUACGAAAAAGAUCCUUGGGUAGAAAAAGUUCCUGAGAAAGAAAGUGAAGAAAAUGAGGAAAAUGAAAACGAGGCUGAGGCGAAACCGAAGAAAGAUAAAAAGAAAUAAGAUAUUAUACAUUCGCAGAUUUAUCGCAUGUUUAUUUAAUCAUACGUUAUUUGUUGUUGUAAAUAAAUUGUACGAAAAUUA